CACAGGCGCCCUGCAUAGCUGCCCUCAUGAAGAUCGGAGUGGCAGUGUGCUUCAUCCUGUAUCCUUGGCCAGUGACGCGGACUGUCGCAACCGGCAGUAGACCCCAGCCGUCUCUCCGCUGCGUCGUGGAGGCUGUCUUGAACAGAUCACCGCUCGUCAACGGCCCUCUCCUCGUCGUCACGAUGCCUGGAACAUCCUCACCCCAUCCUGAAGACAGGUGGCGCUUGGCACCACCACUACCCGAGAUUACCAUCAGAAGCCUUCAGACAGUCGCCCUGAAGCUGUUGCAGCCGCCCGUGAUAAACUUCCAGCCAUAUAGUGGCAGGACAGGGGAGCUACAUGUGACUGUCAGAGGGCUGCUCUUGGUAAUAGAUGAUGCUGUUGCGACAAGAGAGACACUGCAGCUGCUACUGCAACAAGCGAAUAACUUUGCAAAGUGGAAUCCUCGAUCGCUGUGCCUAGUAUUCUUCCUCACAGUCGACACCCAAUACCAAAGUAAAGUGGCUGAAAUGUUUCGAGAAUUCGACAGUCGGAACAUGAUAAACUGCACAAUCGUCGUGAUACGAUUGUCUGGGCAGGCCCUAGCUACGAUGAACAGUGUGACUCUGUACACUUGGUUUCCGUACGAUUCUUCUGGGAGGUGUAGGAGUGCCGAAAUACAGUUAUCAGUACUGGACGAAUGGGAUUUGCAGCGACGCCGUUUCGGGAAGAGUUCGAGCCUGUUUCCUGAGAAGGUGCCCCGGCAAUUUGACCUGUGUCAUCUAACGGCAGCUACGUACCGUUUUCCACCGUUCGUCAUGGUCACCAACGAAAACGCAACAGGAGACCGAGAUUUAGCCGGAUACGACAUUUUCACAAUAGAACUGGUAGCAGCAAUGCUAAAUGUGUCUUUGAAUAUAACAACUGCAGGGCCUGACAGUUACUACUUGCUGACGGAACUUGUCCAAAAUGGAGAGGUAGACAUAGCUUUCGGAGGAUUUCACGAGACUGUACUGUCUGUAGGUGAAGUCGAAGUAACGGCAUCUUACCUUCGAGAUUCUGUGACGAUGUUUGUCCCACUGGCCAGUAACGUCCCUGCAUGGACAAGCUCUUUCUUUAUAAUUCCACCACUUCUCUUUGUAACCAUUAUUGGGUUACAAUUUCUGCUUUCAGCUAUCUCCACACUGUUUUCGCACAAGAAUGAAAUAUCUAACUAUAAGAGGUUUUGCCACACUUAUGUCAAUUUCUGCAGUAUCGUCUUCUCGGUACCAGUAAGAGAACCUGUGACGCUUACAGCCAGGACGAUUUUCGCCUCGUGGGUGCUUUUCUCGCAGGUGAUCGGCUACGUCAACCAGUCUAUACUCACCAGCAGAAUGACACGACCGAAUUACGAGAAACAAAUUACGACUAUGGAAGAAUUUUAUUCCUCUGACCUCGUUUGUAGAACGACGAAUUAUUAUAUGAGAUUCGCCCCCAGGAAGUGUGCAGAACGCCCUUCGCUCGAGUCGUCUUUCGACCACAUGGUCCGUUCGGGGAAGACGGGUGUCCUCGGACCCCGAAUAUACCUCACCUAUACGAGUCUAGCAAAGUACGGCGGAAAAACGGGGCUACAUUCUGCUGUCCCUCUUUUAGAAGACGUGUUCGCAUACAACGUGGUCAUGGUCGUUCCCACAGGCAGCCCCUUGUUGCCCCUUCUGAACAACGCCAUACUGCGCGUUAGCGAGGCGGCGCUGGUCUCCCCCCUGCUGUACAGGCGUUCACGCAGUGUCCUCAUGAGCCUCGAAAGGCGCCGUAGGAGCGGAGAACAGGAGCACAACACCUUCAUUUCCUUUCAACCUUUCAAGUCUAUGCUAACUGCUCUCGCAGUUGCUCUCUCCUUUUGUAGUGUGGUACUUCUAGCAGAGCUGUUCUACAACAGGCAGUACUUCGUCAUACAAGCUGCACUGAAACUUCUGGAAGAUUAA